AUGAUGAUGUGGAAAUGCUCAUUAAUCUAUUCUUUUGGCUUAAGAAAAGCGAUUUUUAAGUUUGGCAAGAGACUCAUCAUGCAAUUAAACAAGCCGUCAAGUGGAAAUUUCAAACAUAAACUUGUGACCUUUGAACUGACAAAUUGGUUUAGCCUGAAAGCAACUCAAGUUGAUUCUAGAACAGUGGGAUAUUAUUUUAUUUAUACUUUAAUCAUCUUACCCGAUUUGCCGACAUUCAUGUUGCCAAGUACUGCAAUCCGCACUUUAGACUGGUGGCAGAUUAUUGAAAGCGACAUUAAAUGGAUGCUUCACAACUUCAAGGAUAAAGGUAAGGCUGAAAUUAAGCUUUAA